GUCCUCAACCCUUUCAAUACAUUAAACCCUCAAAUCACUUUCUAUUUUUUUCCCCAAAAUACCAAAAAGCACAAAGAUAUAACAAGCAAAGCCGGAAUCUUGUUUUUCCGAUUGCUGAGAUUGAUCAAGAUUUGCUCUGUUAAGGCUAAUUUAACCAUUUUACACCGGAAUCUUGAUUUUCCGGUGAACCUUUUAUCACCCUUUUAAAGGAUAGAACCAAAUGCCUUAUAAAUGAGAAUCAUUAGCUUUUUUGGAGUUUCUUAAAAUUUAUCGAGGGGCCAAAAAGGGAAAAAAAAAGAUCGGUUUUUUAUGGGGAAAUUGAAGUUACUAAUUUCGAUUUUAAUUUUAGCUUUAACGACGGUGGUUGCCGGAGUUCCGGCGACGAUUGGUGGAGUGCCGGCGACGCCGGCGAGUAAAGGAGUGCAUAGAAAUGCCUAUGCUACCAUGAUGUAUAUGGGAACACCAAGAGAUUAUGAAUUCUACGUCGCGACACGUGUCAUGCUACGAUCACUUUCCCGGCUCGGCGUCGACGCCGAUCUCGUCGUUAUUGCUUCUCUCGAUGUUCCUCUUCAUUGGGUCCGAACUCUAGAGCAGGAAGAUGGUGCAAAGGUAGUGAGAGUUGAAAAUUUGAACAAUCCAUACAAAGGGCAAUCCAAUUUUAACUUGAGAUUCAAGUUAACGAUGAACAAACUUUACGCGUGGAGCUUAACAGAUUAUGAAAGAGUCGUCAUGCUCGAUGCAGACAACCUUUUCCUCCAGAAAACAGAUGAAUUGUUCCAAUGUGGACAAUUUUGUGCAGUAUUCAUCAACCCCUGCAUAUUCCAUACAGGUCUCUUUGUAUUGCAGCCAUCAACAAUUGUAUUCAAGGACAUGCUUAAUCAGCUUAAGGUUGGAAUGGACAACGCAGAUGGCGCGGAUCAAGGUUUUAUUGGAGCAUACUUCCCAGAUUUGCUUGAUCAGCCGAUGUUUCAUCCUUCCCUUAAUGGUACUAAGCUCCAGGGGAAUUAUCGACUACCUCUUGGUUACCAAAUGGACGCCUCUUAUUAUUAUCUCAGGCUUCAUUGGUCGGUACCAUGUGGACCUAAUAGUGUCAUUACUUUCCCCGGUGCACCAUGGUUAAAGCCGUGGUAUUGGUGGUCGUGGCCUGUCCUUCCUUUAGGCAUCCAGUGGCAUGAACAACGACUUCAAACUCUAGGGUAUGAUGCAGAGAGGCCACUAGUGCUGAUCCAAACUGUACUAUACCUUGGAAUAAUUGUAAUGACACGCGUAGCACGUCCCAACUUAUCUAAGUUGUGCUAUCGACGUGAAAACACCAAGAGCAUCUUCCUAAUACGAACUGGCCUAAAGCUGAUCGCGAUAUGGUCCAUUCUUGCAGCCUACAUUAUCCCUUUCUUCUUGAUACCUCACACGGUUCAUCCACUCAUCGGGUGGGGUCUCUACUUACUAGGCUCUUUCGCGCUAUCAUGUAUAGCAAUGAACACAUUCUUGUUGCCAAUGCUGCCUGUUCUCGUGCCAUGGCUAGGAAUAUUCGGGGUACUUCUGGUCAUGGCUUAUCCUUGGUAUUCUGAUGGUAUUGUAAGAGCAUUGGCUGUAUUCGCGUACGCGUUUUGUGCAUCCCCCGUGGCAUGGACAGCAUUGGUGAAAAUAAUGUCUUGUCUUAAUGUUUCACUUGAGAGGGAAGGGUUCUUGCCUAAGUUGAGUGAAUCUGCUGCACCUGCUGGUUUCAACAAGUUGUAUUGAUGAAAUGGAAAAUUUGAAAGUUG